AUGGCGGCGCGCCGCCGCCGUCGCGCUCUGAUGACGCAACGUACGCGCCGCUCCCCCUCCCUCCCGGAAGGUCCUGGCCUCACAACCCCGCCACUCUCAACAUGGCGGCCCGAGCUGCCCGCUGACGUCAUCGAGGCGCGCCGCGCGCGGGGCGGGCGGGCUGAGGGCGGCGGCGGCGGCUCCGGCGGGGCGGGCGCGGGGACGGGGGGCGGCCCCAACAUGGCGGCGGCAGCGGCGGCUCCUCCCGCAUCCCCGCCGGGCCCCGCUUCCUCACCGGGCCCCUCAUCCCCGCCGGGACCCCGUUCGCCGCCGCCGCCCCCCCCCUCAAGAUGUCGGCGGCGGCCCGGUCGCGCUCGGCGUGACGUAGUCAGGCCCCGCCGGCGGGAGGGGGGCGGGGGAGCGGCCGGAGCGGCGCAAGCGGCGGGACCGGGACCGGGACCGGGACCAGGAGCAGAACCGGGAGUGGGCGGAGCUCCGGGACGGCUCUUCAGGGCGCCAUGGCCCCGGCGCGGCGGCGGCGGCGCGGGCCCGGGGCGGGCGCGGGGCGGCGGCGGCGCUGAGCGGGAGCAGCUCCGCGGGCGCGGCCCCGGGGGCCCGGUCCGGUUGUGCCGGCAGUCCCCGCCGUGCCGCCGGCGCCGCGCGGUUCAGCGUUGGCGCCGCGGGAUGGAGCGCAGCGGGGACGGCGCCCGAGCGCUCCCGAUGCCCCCCGAGCCUGGCACCGAGCUGGGGCCGCUCCUGCCCAGCCCCAAGGGCGGCACCACCGAGGAGCUGCCGGCGCCCGCGGGGCCCCGGCGCGGCGAGGAACCCUCGGAGCUCUUCUCCUCCUCAGCCUCGUCCUCCUCAUCCUCCUCAUCCCCAUCCUGCUCCUCGCUGGCCCGGCACGAGCCCGACGUGGCCCUGGAAGCGCACGAUGAGGCCGGUGAGUGCCGCGCUGCGGGGCUGGGGGUUGUCGGCACCGGGGGCCCGGCUCCCGAGGAUCAGCCGCCGUUCCCGCGGGCGCUGUUCCGCCCGCUGCCCGUGGCCGUGUCCUGGGGCGCGCGCCCGGCCCACGGCACCGACCAAAGCACUUUAGAGCCCCGGCCCGGCCCCGGCCACUCACCGGGCAGCGCCGGCCACCGGCCCCAGACUCCGGACAGCGGCCACUGGCUUGGGCCACCAGAUGGCCACCGGCUUGGGCCACCGGACAGCGGCCGCUGGGCCGAACCACCGGACGAUGGCCACCGGGUCGAGCCAACGGACUGGGCCGAGCCACCGGACUGGGCCGAGCCACCGGACAGCGGCCACCGGGCCGAGCCGCCGGACGAUGGCCACCGGCUCGGGCCACCGGACAAUGGUCACCGGGCCGAGGCACCGUCCCCGGAGGAGAAGCACCCCCAGAAGGAACCAAAGCACCCGGAAGGGCUCGGCGGCGUCCAGCGGCUGGAGUGGAUCUCCAGGAGCCCCAGCCCGUCCUUCCAGGACCCGCAGCCGGCACCGGCCGCUCCCGGCUCGGCCUCGGGCCGCGAAUCGGCGCCGGCGGCGCGCAGAGCCAAAGCCAAAGCCUCGGAGAGCGGCCGGAGGAGAUCGGAGCCGGAGCCCGCGGCCGAGUGGACGCUGCCCGAGCCGGACGUGGUGGUGGCCAAGCAGUCGUGGACGGUGAACGCCGAGGACGCGGUGGAGCGGCUGCUGCUGCCGGAGGCGGCCGAGGUGCGGCCGUUGGUGCUGCUGGAGGAGCCCGCCAAGGACGAGGAGGCCGAGCGGGAGGGGAGCGCGCCGAGCGUGUUCACCUGCGUCGAGUGCAGCAUCUACUUCCGCCGCAAGGAGCACCUGCUGGAGCACGUGCUGCAGCACAGCCGCAGCGGCGCCGACGCCGCGCCCGCCCGCCGCUUCUGCUGCGGAGAGUGCGGCUGGGCCUUCGCCGAGGCCGCGGCGCUGGAGCGGCACCGCCGGCGCCACCAGGAGUCCCGCGAGAAGAUCAUCGAGGAGAUCCAGAAGCUGAACGAGUUCCCGGACGAGGGGCGCGAGGCGCGGCUGCAGUGCCCCAAGUGCGUCUUCGGCACCAACUCGUCCAAGAUCUUCGUGCAGCACGCCAAGAUGCACGUCAAGGAGAGGAAGGAGAGCGCCUCGAGGAGCUCCGGCGCCUUCGGGGACGCUCUCUACAAACCCUUCCAGAGCGAGGAGCUGCCCUCGGCGGCGCCGGCGCCAUCCGGCAAAGCUCCGAGCGCCUGCGUGCUCUGCGGCUUCCCGGCGCCCAGCGAGCACAUCCUCCAGGAGCACCUGAGGUACGCCCACUCGCACUUGGCCUGGCAGCACGAGGGCUUCGAGGAGGACCCCGAGCAGCCCGGCACCUCCCGUGGCUCCUACAGCCCCGGCCGGCCCGGCCGCUUCGCCGACGCCGAGGCCUUCGGCAAAACCGAGCGGGGAUUCCUCCUGCCGGGAGCUUCUUCCGUCUACGAGCCCGCCCCGGCCGCCUUUGGCCACCCCAGGCUGGACAAGAGCGACCACGGAGCCGCCAGGAAGGAGCUGCACGGCUUCCACCACGCCAGGAAGGCGGCGCCGCUCUCCCACCAAGGCUUGGCCUUGGCCGGGUUCUCCCCGCCCAGGAGCUUCUCGCACUCGGCGCUGCAGCAGCUGCGGAAGAGAGCGGCCGCCCAACACCUGCAGGGCCACCAGGAGCUGCGGCACGGCUGGGCCGUGGAGGACAUGGAGCUGGGGGACAGCAGGGCCACCACCGCCACCACCACCGCCACCACCAUCACGGUCCCCCAGGCCGCGCUGGAGCUCAAGAGAACCUUCAGGGCCACCCUGAGGGCCACGGACCCCGCGGUGGCCUCGGAGGAGCAGCGGCAGCAGCUGAGGAUGACGGUGCCCGUGGUGCUCCUGGAGGAGAUGAGCGCCCACCCCAGGGCGGCCAAGAGGGCGCGGGGGAAGCCCCUCAAGAAGAAGCUUCUCCCACCACCACCACCACCACCACCACCAGCAGCAGCACGAGGGGGAGAGUUCCUGCUGGAGGAGCCUCCUCUGCCCUUGGACGUUCUGCUGCUGGACACCCCCCUGGAGGGUCCCCUGGAGCUGGAGGAGCUGCUGGGCUCGGAGGCCACCAUGCUGAAGAACGAGGAGAGGAAAUGUCCCUACUGCCCCGACCGCUUCCACAACGGCAUCGGCCUGGCCAACCACGUGCGCGGCCACCUCAACCGCGUCGGCGUCAGCUACAACGUGCGGCACUUCAUCUCCGCCGAGGAGGUCAAGGCCAUCGAGCAGAAGUUCUCCUUCCAGAAGAAGAAGAAAAAAGUGGCCAACUUCGACCCGGGCACGUUCAGCCUGAUGCGCUGCGAGUUCUGCGGCGCCGGCUUCGACACAAGGGCGGGGCUGUCGAGCCACGCCCGGGCGCACCUGCGCGACUUCGGCAUCACCAACUGGGAGCUGACGGUGUCGCCCAUCCACAUCCUCAAGGAGCUGCUGGCCACGGCCCCCGAGCGCGCGGCGCUGCUCCGCGCCAUGGCGCCCUCGCCGGGACGGGAGCUCCACCGCGAGCAGCUCCACCACGGGGAGCUCCACCACGGUGUCCACCAGGAUCUCCACCACGGGGAGCUCCACCAGGAUCUCCAACGAGAUCUCCACCACAGUGUCCACCAUGAUCUCCAACAUGAUCUCCAACAUGAUCUCCACCAUGGUGUCCAUCAUGAUCUCCACCAAGAUCUUCACCAUGAUUUCCAUCAGGAUCUCCACCAGGAUCUCCACCGGGAUCUCCACCGGGAUCUGCCCAAAUCGGCGCCGUUCCCGCUGCCCUGGGGGGACGAGGCCCUGCAGCCCUACAGGGACG